CGUCGGUUCACGCUGCAAAGCGGGCGCUGAGGGCUCAGCUGAAGCAAAGGAUUUCAGCCCUGAGCGACCCAGAAAAGCUUCGCCAAUCGCAGUCCGUGACCCGGAAGUUGCUGUCUCACGACCGAUACCGGGCCGCUCAGCGCAUCGCAGUGUUCCUGAACAUGCCAGAUGAGAUCCAGACCGGGGACAUCCUACGGGACAUCUUCAGGCAAGGCAAGUCCUGCUUCAUUCCACACGGUACCAGCGUGGCACCAAUCACAUGGACAUGGUGAAGCUCAGCUCGGUGGAGGAAAUUCAAAACUUGCCAGUGACCACGUGGAACAUCCGCCAGCCCGGGGAGGAAGAACGCCGGGAGGAAGCUUUGUCCACGGGAGGACUGGACCUUGUCCUUGUGCCGGGACUUGGAUUUGAUAAGGACGGCCAUCGCUUGGGGCGGGGUAAAGGAUAUUACGACACAUUCUUAGAACGCUACAACCAACAACUUUCUUCCAGACCGCACACCAUCGCUUUGGCUUUCCAAGAGCAGAUAUGUCCCUCCAUCCCCGUCACUGACAGCGACUUUGUCAUCGAUGAGAUCCUCUGCGCUGGAGAUCUGGAAAUAGUUACAAAACUG